AUGAGAAUUGUUAUCAAGAUCUUCGACCACGAUUACUACCCACACACAGUCACCUUUCCCCGACCUUACACCCAUUACCAGCUAGCCGACCAAGAUCUGAGCCGAGAGGCAUCCGCUUUGCGCUAUAUGCACAGAGCUGGGAGGGAUGAGAACGGAACUGAGCUCCGGGGGAAGAUCCGACUUACUGGCGGGCAAAAUCUCACACCUGAGUACUACGGUACCUGGGCAAUCGAUCUGAGUUCCGCGGAUGGAAAGCGAUACGCCGGUGCUGUGGCUAUGGAGUACAUCGACGGAGUUUCUAUGGAAGACCUCUGUACACGCGAAGACGAGGACUCGAUGCGUGUCUAUCCGAUGGCCGAACCGCAGCCCUUGUACGAUGCUGACGACGAGAACGAGACACAUGGCUACCUCGACAUGGGUGAGAAUAGUCGCCUGAAAGUCCUCGCCGACAUCCUCGGUGGGUUCGUGGAGGGCUACAGCUUCGGGGUCAACCACGGAGAGUAUGAGCUUGGUGAUUACCUAUCUGUCUCAUGGAAAGAAGCUUCGAGCCCCAAGAGUAGUCAAGCUGAAUUACAAGUUCUGCCAAGUGUGGUGUAUGACCCACGUGGGACAAGUCCAGCCCUCGAGCGAUAA